AUGCUCCUGAGCAGGCCCUGUGGAAGAUGCCAGCCACCAGGACGGUGCGCGUCACUCCUUGUCUUGGCCCUGCUGAGCGAUGCCGCUGGCCUAGUCCUUCUGCUGGUGGGGAUCUUCGCCACGUUAAACUACUGGGACUUCUUGGUCUACACAGGGUCCCUCAUCCUGGCUCUCAGCCUGCUCUUCUGGCUUGCCUGGUACACCUUCAACAUCUAUGUGCCUCUCGAGGAACUGGACUUAUAG